CGACGACGAGGAGUUAAGAUUAGUAAUCAUUUUCCCAAUUUGAUAAGAUAACGCGUAUUAUACAGUUGAUUUAAUUAAAGCAACUCGCCGUGCUUUUGUGCGCUACGUUUUGUAAGCUUUGCACGUGUGUGAAUUACAGUACAGUGCGUCGAACACAAUCGUAACAACUGCAACAAGUGGAAGCUAACUAAUUAUUUAUUGAAAACAAUAUUUGCCAGAACCGCCUGUUGUGCUGACAAUAAGGCAUUAAACUGGAUAGCCUCGACGAUUUCGACGAUUGGGACGAUUUUGCAAUGGAUUUCUGGGGCAUUUUCAUGUUCUUCCUAUUGACGUUUCUCGUCAUGAGCUGCUGUGGCUACUGCUGCACGAGCAAACGUCGCGGCACAGUGCUCUCAACGCCCGUUGUGGUUACAUCGGCCACGCACACAGCGCCUGGCGGCUAUCCUGUUACACAGAUUCCGGCCACAACCUAUCAGCCUCAUGCCUAUGGAACAGCGUAUCCCGCCCAGACAACGGGCAAUGUGAGCGUACAGAUGCCGAUGCCCAUGCACAUGCCCGGAGCACAGCCACCGAUGCCUGGUAUGCCACCGCAUGUUGCCCCAUAUCCGCCCAUGCCGCAGCCGGGCGUUGCAGCGGCAAACAUGAAUCCACCAUCAUACGACAUGGCCAUGGCCAAUCCCGGGCCGAGUGUUAUGCCCGGCGGCUAUGAGAAGCAAAUGCCCUACAAUCCCAACUAUGCACAAUAAGCAGAGUCUGUCAGUUUUGUCUGGACAGUUGUUAUUUGUUUAUGAUUUCUUGUCGCGUGCAUUUCCGAGCUGUUUACAGCUCACACAUAAAAUACACAAUUCGAUAUAUGCAUACGCUUUAGAAUUGCUUUAAAAUAUUAGCUAUAUCUGUAUUAGAUCAUUAUACACCAUUUGCCGUUGGGGCGUAAUUGGGGUGUCCGAAGCUACCAAAGUGAAGAGCCAUCUAUUUGUAUUCAUUGUAUUCAAAACACAACAACAAUUUCUUAAGUCAUUCACAACUGAAUGUGAUGUAAA